GAAGCCUGGAGAAAAUUCUCUUUGAAAAUGAAAAUGGAAAAUUUUAAUUCAGCCCAAAAAAUCAAUAAACAAGACUUUGGAAGAAAUGAACUUUGAAUUUAAUUAAAAACCAAACAACUUACCAGAAAAUUCAUUUAUUACAACUUUUUUUAACUAUAAAAGUGCUUUGCUUUUUUCUAACUUAAACAAAGGUAGCUUUUGAAGAUUCAGAGAAAAGAACUCACGCAUUAAAUCCAGAAAACAUGGGAGAAAUCAUGUCUGAAGAACUAAUUGCUGAGUUCCAAGAAGCCUUCUGUCUCUUUGACAAAGAUGGGGAUGGGUGUAUAACCAUGGAAGAACUAGCCAUUGCAAUCAAGUCAUUGGAUCAAAAUCCAACACAAGAAGAGCUGCAAAACAUGAUCAAUGAAGUUGAUAGUAAUGGUAAUGGAACUAUUGAAUUUGGGGAAUUCUUGAAUCUCAUGGCAUCAAAAAUGAAGGAAGCAGAAGCAGAAGAUGAACUGAAAGAAGCUUUCAGGGUAUUUGACAAAGAUCAAGACGGCUACAUAUCACCUUAUGAGCUGAGGCUAGUGAUGAUGAACAUAGGGGAGAAACUAACAGAUGAAGAGUUAGAACAGAUGAUUAGAGAAGCUGAUUUGGAUGGAGAUGGUCAAGUUAAUUACGAAGAAUUCGUCAGAAUGAUGUUGGCUGCUGCUUCUUAAUCCACUUUCAUCCCCCCACCCCACCCCAAAAAAAAAAAAAAAAAACUACAACUAUUCAAAUGCAUCCACAAAAUUUUAGGUUUAAGCUUUAAAUAUUUUAGGGUGGGCUGGCUAACAAGAGAAUAUAUAUAUAUGAUAAUGGAACUCAAAUUUCAAUCAUGAUGUAAUUUUAUAUAAUUAUAGAACAAUAAUAAUUUAUUCUCGAGUCCAA